UAUAUUCGACUCACGGCUCACAUGGGAUUUUUAAUGGAAAGGUAUGUUUCAUGUGAUAUUGCGUUUUGGACCUAGUACAAAACUGUACGGGACCAUCUCAUCUCCAGUCAUUUUUUACAUUGACAUCGUCUGUUGAGGAUUUUUUGAUACGCGCAUUCUCCAGAAAUUACAUCAAUUAUGCGGUGGAUUGUUCUGCCUCUCCUGUUGAUUUCAGCGUCUUCGUCUUUGAGCGAAUGUCGUCAGAUGAGUGCCCAGAAUGUACUUCUGAAAGAGCUACUCGAUGGUUACGGUUUCCAAUCAACCCGACCUGUUUAUAACUUAUCACAUGUUACAACGGUGGUAUUUGGUCUGACACUCAUCCAAGUCAUUGAAUUGAGUGAGCGAUAUCAGACAAUAGAGGUGGGAGUUUGGUUAACUCAGCAAUGGCCGGACGAGUAUUUAACUUGGGAUCCAAAUGAUUACAACGGAGUUGACCAUCUUUACAUCGACAAGUCUAAAAUAUGGCUUCCAGAUACUACUGUACACAAAAACGUUGAAAAACUUUUUGAAAGUUACAAGGACAUCCCAGUAGUUGUGAACAGUGAUGGAAGUGUAUAUUGGUCCACGCCGGCCAUACUCAAGACUACAUGCCGUAUCAACGCCAGUAUGUUCCCAUUCGAUACCCAGGUCUGCCAGCUCAAGUUUACAUCAUGGGCUUAUGGCAAUCACCAGCUCAAUCUCACACAGUCUGAUAGAUUGAAUGAUCCAAAGGCCGACUACUCUGAUGUUGGGGUUUGGGAACUACUCAAAAUAGAGAUUCAGCAUGAAUUAAAGUCGUAUGACGGACCGGUUGCCUACCCAGAGCUAUCUUACUUUAUUCAUCUGAGAAGACGACCUCUCUUCUUCUUACUCCAGAUUUUCCUCCCGUGUGUUCUGCUCUCUUUUCUGAAUCUCAUGGUGUUUAUCUUGCCCCCGGAAUCAGGGGAGAAGAUAUCACUGGGUAUGACCAACCUGUUGUCACUGGUUCUCUUUCAGCAGCUAAUUGGGACAUUGUUUCCUCCAACAUCAGAAAACACUCCAAUAAUUGGGUAUUUCUUCACGUGCAUGAUCGCCCUGUCAUGUUUCUCCAUCAUCAUCACCGUAGUCGUCCUCAACAUUUACUUUCGGGACAACCGGCGUCCCAUACCUCGCUCGAUAAAGUGCCUCACAUUCAGAGUUCUCGGUAAGUUAGUAAGAUACCCAGCUCCCGAAGAAACUCUCGAAGCAGAUCCAGCAGGUGAAAAUUACCAAAAUAAUGGCAGUCUGGACUCCGGGCUCGAGACAAGUAACCACUCUGGCAUGCCGCCCUCAGAUACUCAUCUUUGCCGGGUACUGGAUGACUGGAUGGACAACCGCAUAAUUCACUCCGAGACUCUUCAGAUUGCUCAGAGGCGAGAAUAUGCAUCAACCAACCGGUCAAAAACCAUCAGCUCCCCCGUCGGAAGAGCGAAGCGUCACGCUGAAAUCAAAGACCACCGAUCGGCACGGGAAGGGCACCAGACUAGUGAUGAUCGAGCCUUCAAGGGUCCGGUAUGGCGGGAUGUUGCCCUGGUGAUUGACCGUACAGCCUUACUCAUCAGCACCGUGGUUACACUGACAUCAUUUUGUGUAACUACCACAUGUUAUGUUCUCAAUUUGAAUUAACGCAAUUUGACCAUAGUGUGAUCUCCUUCCUAAAGAAAUGCUGAAAUUGGACCGAUGUUUAUGUAAAAAUGUGGUCAAAGCUGUCAUUCGAUAUGAUUGUGUACAAAAUUUGAAAUUUCUUCGAAAAAUAAGGAUAAGUUUAUAGUAAAGCUGUAAAAGUUGUGUAUGCGAGCAUUAACUCAACUCUAUUGCUAUUUUGGAUUGUAUCUCACAGGUACUUUGAAGUAUCAUAAUUAAUAAAACAUUAACAAAAAUACGCAGUAAAUAUAGAUUAAUAAUAUUAAUCGUAUACAUAAAUAAUUAUUACAAGCCUGGCUUUAUCUAUGUAGAAAUAUCCAACUGAUAGUGGAUAAUAGAGCUACUUUUUGCUCAAACAUUUUAGCAUAAUUUGUAUGUAGAUAUGGAUUAUAUAUUGGAGUGUGUGUCUCUGCAGACACCAUUAUUUUUAAAUUGCACUUUAUUUAACCGAACAAAUUCUUUAAGUAGCAACUAGCAAAGCAAUGCAGAGCGUUUCCAUUUGCUUUUCCAUUAUAAAACAACCCCUAGGGAAUACAGUCAACAGUUUGAUUGCAUCAAUAUGGUUUUCCAAACUUGGCAAAUUAGUCCGACAACCGAGAACUAUAAUAGUUCACAGAAAAGAUAUUAUUAUAAAUUACAGUUCACAGAAAAUAUCACACGACAAAAGAUAUCGAACAAAAACAUUAACGCAAAAAGGACCACAAUAAAAAUGUUAAAAUAAAAAACGGCUGGUGAAAUAAUAUGACAAAGGACAAAACUACACGAAAGACAACCAGGAAAACCAAUGAAGUAGAAAUAGGCAAAACAAAAGUUAAAUACUACUAUUAAUUACUAAAUAGUAUUUAUUGCGUAUGUAUAUAUUGUGGAAACUUGGUUUUGGCCUUCUUGUAAACGUAUUGCUAUAAAUGAUGGAAAAUAAACAACUGUUCAUGAAACCCCAUGGACUAACUUGCUCGCUGAAACACUUGUUAGGUAAAGCGCUAAGUUUGUGUGAAUAAAGCAGACAUAUGUACCGUGUAGCCUACAUGUAAUAUGA